CUUCUUCUUCUUCUUCUUUUUUUUCAUCAUCAUCUUCUUCUUCUUCUUAAUCUUAAUCUAUUCCUUUCACUUUGUUGGGAGAAGACCUUUUGCCCAUUCCCGUAGUGUCAACCGUGGUAACACUGCCUGUCGGCCACCCGCACCUGCCUUAAAAACAUACUCUUUUCCCCUCUCCGCUACCAAAGACCUUCAGCCACCACCUGAAACUUUUCCCACCUGCUAUUCUCCUGAUAUUCGAUCAUACGACUCCUCUGCUCGCCGGCGAAGAGGGUCUUAACACUCUCGCUGGAACCCUUUCAUAUCUAAUCUACCUCGAUCUCUCUCUCUCUAUAUCUCUACCCCGUCCUUUGUCGGACUCUCCCUCUCUUGUGUGCCUUCUCUGAUUUCCAAAGUCUGACAUAUAUUCGUCGUCAUCUGGCCCCUCUUAACUGUCGCUCCCCAAUCAACAUCGACGACCAUCCUUUGGGCGUUCAUCUGUAUUCUUCGUCUCUUCGUCCCACCGCCAAAUACCAGUUAUGUCGGUGGAACACACCCUCUAUAGCCGCGCUCCAGCAGCGAUGGCAGAUCCCUCCUGUGCCGGCCCAGCUGCCUUCACCGCGGCAGGCGCUUUCUCACAGCCCGACUUGAUGGCUUUCUCUCUCCCAGAAGAAGAACCGAUUUGGGGCUUCGACACCAUCGCACCGUCCAUGGCCUCGUGGCAAGGCAAGGUGGACCAACAGGCUUUUUGCAACCCCAACAUGGAGAGGGGCCUUAGGAACACUCACGUCCGUAACGGACAACCCACGCCGCCUCCCUUUGAUGACAAGAAAAUGCAGCCUCCCAUGGGGGAGAUGUACCCUCUGGCACAAUAUCCGUUCAACAGCUCACCGCCCGAGUUUACCCCCCCGAAACACCGCAGCAGUCUCAGUGAACAAUCGCAGACAGAUGGUUAUGGCGUCAGUACCCGACGUCGCAAAGCUUCGGCCGUCGAUCAGGGGGAGCAACAGCAGGAGCGGGAGAAGCGAGAAAAGUUCCUAGAACGGAAUCGAUUAGCAGCCAGCAAGUGUCGACAGAAGAAAAAGGAGCACACGAAGCUCCUGGAGACACGGUUCCGCGAGGUAUCCAGCAGGAAAGGCGAGCUUGAGUCCGAGAUCGAGCACCUGCGCAGCGAAGUGCUCAACCUCAAGAACGAGAUGCUACGGCAUGCGCAAUGUGGGGAUGAGGCCAUCAAGCUCCACCUCGCCCAGAUGGUCCGGAUGAUCACCUCCAAGGACACCCCCAACCGCGACCUAGUUUCUCCCAUGCGAUCCCCUGAACAGAACACGGCGUCCACUCCUCACGGGCUGUCAUUCGGAUUUGACGGUCCCAUGCAGCUUCCCUCGGAGAUGGGAUCGCCGUUGGAUCAGCGACGAGACUCGGAGCAGUCCAUUAUGACUGAGUCGUCCUACGCCUUCUCCACAGAUGACAGUUUUGAUGAGCUGAUCAAUGUUUAACGAGUCACGUCACUAGCCUUUUUAUAUUUUUUUUUUUCCUUUUCUUUCCUUCCUUUUUUCUUCUACUUCUUCUUUUUCUCUUUUAUUAUCUAUUAUCUCCUUUGUUUACGAUAUUGCUUACUAUAUCGCUCUUUUCUCCCUGCAUCUCGGUAAUGGUGUCCGAUAAAAGCGACUUGCAUAAUGCCCGGUUCCCCCCCCCACCCACACGCACACACACACACACACGAGAAAUGAGAUGUCCGAAAUGUUACGAAUCUGACCGAGUUCGCUGCUUUGCUUACGAUGAGCUUUGGCGUUUGGAGUUUAAUGGGAUACAGGCAGUUCUUACGAUUCGGAGCCUGGGCGGAUUACUCUAGGGGAGUUGCUUAUUACUGGCUGGCUGUAUUAAUAGAUGUUGGAGGUCGAUGUACCGGCCUUGCAUUGCUCUGGGGCAUCUGGUUGGUCACUCGUUGGCCUCGAGGGGCAUUGCUAUUACGAUCAGAUGUAUAAUACCUUCAGGUGUAGCAAAAAUGGAAAAUGCCUGGCAAA